CAGAUAUGUCAUGUGCUUGCUAGACUAGCCUCGUUGUGAAAGUUGUAUUGAACUCUUUCGGAAAGUUCAGGUUUUGAUGGAACAUUGAUUUAUUUGCGGCGAGUCUGAUAAAAGAUAAAAAAAAAAGUUAUCGUCGAAAGAAGUAAACAUCCCACACGCAAUUCUGAUUUAUAAUGGAAUCCAUUUCAUUCGACUUCCACUGUUAAUAUGUUUCAGGAGAGGCUUGAAUAUCACAACUUCUCGUUCUCUAGAAUCGGCAUCUAUUUCUAGCAUAUAGGAGUCCACUUUUGCUGGUCAUUCCUCUUAUUUUUCGAUCUCUUGCCAAACCGCUAAGUUACGGGGAUGUAAACAAACCAACACCGGUUGUGGAGCGGUGUAGGACCGAUCCUGAAAGAAUGAAAGGGAAAGUCGACCUCGGCGGAAUUUGAACCCAGAACGUAGCAACAGGCCAAUUACCGCUAAACAUUUUCGGCCAGCUCGCCGCCUUAACAAACCUACCAACACAUUCUGACUUUAGAGAAUGACAUCCAGUGCUGCUUCUCCAAAUAUUCAUACUCCUCCUAACCAAUAUCUACCUGGUUACCUCUUGGGAGACAUUACACCACAUGGCAGAACGCAAACUCCACUCCGUUGGCCUUCAGGUCAUGCUCAGACCACACCCAUCUCUGCCAGACGUCAACAAGGAACCAAAAUAUCCCCGGCAUCCAGCAUGGUAACAACUCCACCAUCAAGAAGCGAGAUUCUUCGCAGCAAAGAUCGCAGUGCUGCACCACCUGUGCAGAGUUUAUUCGAAUCUCCAAUGUCUUCGUCAAUGGUAGAGACUUCUUUCCACCAAACUCCUUACUCAUCCUUCACUCAACAACACACAUCUCCAGCUGUAUCGCGGCCUAUCUCUGAACCUGAAAUGAUGCAAAUUGGUGGAUCAUCACCAUUAUCGAAUACAAGCCCACUAAAUGUCUCUAAUAUUAAUCAAAGUUUCCAGCAAGUCUCCAAAAUACACACAUCUCCAACACAAAUGGAUCCUUUUUAUACUCAAGGAGAAUCUUUAUUGGUUACUGACCAACUUGAUGAAACUUGGGUUACUAUUUUCGGUUUCAAUUCAGCUGCUGCAUCUUAUAUCCUUGACCAGUUCUCACAAUAUGGAAACAUUUUACAACAUGUGAUAUCUUCAGAUGGCAAUUGGAUGCAUAUACAAUAUCAAUCCAAAUUACAAGCUAAAAAGGCUCUCAGCAAGAAUGGCAAAAUAUUUGGUGAUAGUAUUAUGUUGGGAGUUACACCUUGUAUUGAUAAGAAUCUUAUGGAAUCUAACAAAGAAAAUAUACAUAUCCAUAGCAUUCUAUCAGCACCAUCCAAUGUCUACCAUUCCACACCAAUGUCUUCCAAGAUCCAAAGCCAUUCUCUAUUACCCAAUGUAACUGGAACCCCUAACUCUCUCUCAACAGGUGUAAGACCAAUUAAUACACCAAAGUCUUUGCAAAAAAGACCAUUGAAUGAAAGCGAGGUGUUCCAGACAGCACGGACUCCACAGAAAAGCAAUGAUUUUUUCUCUAAAGCCAUGGAAUAUGUUUUUGGCUGGUAGAUUAUAUCAAUAUUUUAAGUCCGUAUAUCAUUUUAGGAUUAAAGAAGAAAAACUCCACAGAAAAGCAAUGAUUUUUCCUCUAAAGCCAUGGAAUAUGUUUUUGGCUGGUAGAUUAUAUCAAUAUUUUAAGUCCGUAUAUCAUUUUAGGAUUAAAGAAGAAAAAUUCAAAAAUGUUUAAA